UAUAAGAAUACAAUAAUUCUCUCUCUCUCUCUCUCUCUUCCCAAUCCAAAGAUGGUGAGUUAGAUGGAGAACGUUUAGCCAUACAGUUCACCAACCCGUCUCCUACAAGCUGCCGCUCUGUUGUUUGUUGAUUUCACCUCAUGAUUCCCUCUCUCCCCUUCUCCUUGCCUCUUGCUAUAAAUAGAAACCCCACAUAGCCCUUUUGACAAAACAGAGCAAUCAAAGUAGAAAGAAAAGAACAGAGAAAACAGAGCAUUUCGAAACUGAAUCUCAAGAAAGAAAGCAAGCAAGAAGAAUUGCGGAAAUGGGUUCUGACCUUCCAGAUCAUCCAGUUUGCGUUCUCGACGCUUCGAGCUACGUGGGUUUUUGGAUUCUCAAGGGUUUGUUGAGCAGAGGGUACUCAGUUCAUGCCGCUAUCCAGAACAAGAAAGGGGGAGAAGCUACAGAGAUCGAGAAGAAGAUAAUGGAAAUGGCGAAAGAAGAUGACACAAAGCUUGUGGUGUUUGGAGUGGACGUGUUGGAUUACCAGAGCAUUUUAGUUGCUCUGAAAUCCUGCUCUGGCGUCUUCUGCUGCUUGGAUUUCCAGGACCCGUACGAUGAGAAGAUGGUGGAUUUGGAGGUCAGAGGAGCGAUCAAUGUGGUGGAAGCGUGCGCUCAGACCGACUCCAUAGCCAAAAUCGUGUUCACUUCUUCCCUGACGGCUGCGAUUUGGAGGGAGAACAUUUGUUCGGAGAAGGAUGUGGAUGAGAGGUCAUGGAGUGACCAAUCGUUCUGCAGGAAAUUCAAGCUGUGGUAUGCAUUGGCAAAGACACUCUCAGAACAGGCAGCAUGGGCACUAGCCAUGGACAGAGAUCUCAACAUGGUCUCCAUCAACCCCGGCCUCGUACUCGGCCCUAGCGUCUCACAACAGAAUCCUCGAUCGACCAUGGCGUAUCUCAAAGGUGCGCGGGUGUUACUUUUUUAUGAGCGGCCCAAAUGUUCGAGAACGGAGUUCUGGCCUACGUGAAUGUGAAUUUCCUAGUCAGUGUUCACAUUCGAGCUAUGGAGGACACAUCCACAUGCGGCCGGUACUUGUGUUUUGAUCAGAUUGUGAACACAGAAGAAGAAGCUGUCAAAAUUGCACAAGGAUUGAGCCCUUUGAUCUCACUACCACAAAGCUAUGAGUGUGGAGGAAGUGAGGUCUAUGAGGAAAGGUUGAGAAACAAGAAGUUGAAUAAGCUUGUUGAGGGGACUGCUUAUUGAUGAAUAGGACACCACCAAAAGAUGUUGGCAUUAGAGGGAACCUUUUUUAAUUGUUUUGGAAUGUAAAUAUAUUAUUGGGUAAUUCAAUUACUUCGAGUUUUAAUUUCUUGUCGGAUCCAAUUUAUUACCAUUAUAUAGUUAGUAAAAAAUUCGUGUUUAAGGUAGUGAAUCUGAUAAUAAAAUUCAUGAGUGAC